AUGGCCAUCAUUGUGAGCUCGGAGGGGUCCUCGGAUUGCGAAGCCCGUGAGCAGGAGCCGCUCUCUUACGUCCCAUACUGGCUCGAGUGCAGCGUGCUCGACCGACACGAGGCGCACAUUGAUAUGAAGUACAAGGCAUACGUGUACGAUGACGGCGGUGCUGCAUGGAGUCUCCGAGGGAUGUUCGAGCCUCUUGUGCCCGAGCGGGCAAGAAGAGUCAAUGUGCACAGAGAGGUCAAACAGCAACGCCUGCCACUUGAAGUCUUCAUGUACCAGCUCGGGAUCGAUUUCGACUCGGAGUAUUUCCCGUCCAUCCGCCAGGUGGUGGCGAAGGACGAUGGAGGCGACAGCAUUCGCUUUACAAACAGGGAAGAACCUACAGUGUCAACUCUCGGCUUCUUGAUCUGGCAAGUCUGGUGGGCGACAGGCCGACGCAGGAAGGUUGAGCAGGGCCGGGCAGCGGACAUGCUCGUCGGUUUCUUGGGCAGGUGCUGGAGAGGCAAACUCUUCGACGAUGCUGUUGUGCGAGCUGUUUUGGACGGGGUGGGCCAUGAGUGCCCUCGUCGUCGGCCUGACCGUUCUUGUGACCACCUCGCGCCGAUCAUCGCGAGCCGCGUCAACAUUGGGCGCGUCACUUUGCAUGGCCUUACAGAGUUGUUGGUCGCAUUGGCUUCCCACUACUUGCACUGCCCUGCUGCUUCACGCGCUGUGAAGGCCAUAUGCCAGCACCUCGCUUCAACCAUCAACGCAGCCUUGGGCGACAUGGGCCUGGACACGGACAGGCUGAAACACGCGACCAGGGCGGAUCGAACAGCACGGCGCCCACGAGCCGAUGAGGAUUACAAAAAGGCCUUGACAGAAAGAAUUGCCAAAAAGAGGCGUUGCCACGGGAAGGCAGGUGUUGUGGACUUGGCAGGCUUCGGAGCGUCGGCACCUAAGCAUUGGGAUCACCAGGAGAUGAUGGCCUACCAGAAGGCCGCCUACAGGACCCUCGGCGUAGCCAACGGGGUGUUUUGUCUCCAGGGCGACGGCGCGCGGCUUGGGCAGCCGGCCAAGGAACAUCUGCACAUGGUGCUCCAGCACAACUCUUCGGACCUCGCGUGUGUAUUACCUCCGCAGGCAUCCCCGAUCAUGUCGGAGGGUUGGUCACCGAGCCACGAUCCCGAGGCCGCGGGACAUCCGCGACCUUGGUCUUUGCCGCACCCAGGAACGCCUAGACUCCUGCGAAAGGGGGUGCUGCGCGGCAAGAUGACCACAUUGCAGAAACAGCUGUGGAUCCGGCGCUGCCACGAUUUCCUCCAUGCCAAGAGGAAGCAGGACAUGGAGGGUAAGGCUUCUCUUCAAAAGGAUCGGGUGGCGAAUGCGCAUUACCUCGAGCUCGUGGACCACGGCUUGCAGGCUGGCGUUGGUUUCGGGCUGAGUAAGUUUAAAGUCGACGGGCUGGCUGCACGGGCUUUGCUUCGCAGCGAGAUGCGGUAUUUCAUUGAUAUCCUCUGCUUGCCAGCCCACAUGCAGGCGAGCGCGCACGGCAGAACCCGCCGGAACUGCAUUGUUGAUCGCUCCACGCAGGCCACGCGCCUAGAGGUGUGCUGGGACAUCGAGAAGCCCGUGCUCAUUUCCUUCCUAGACCAGGGUUCUGUCGGCUGGAACUGCAAUCAUUGGCUGUUCACUGGGCGGUGCAGGGGAUGGGCCUUUUGCGAUCCAUCGCACAGGCGCCAUGACAGCUGCAUGAACGCUGUUGAAGAAGCAGGCUUAAGUUUCGUCAAGUACGAGGCCCUACUGAUCGAGAAUUUGGGCAAGGGGCCGUGGAAACAACAAUCCAACUUUGGGAAAUUUUCCGAGGCAGCGGCCGAGUAUUUCAAUAACGUGGACGAGUCCGAUGAGUUAUUCUUGGCAGUUUUGCCGUGGAUGGCCUUUCGGUUCUACGAGGGUGAGUCGGGCCAGUCUUUCGAUGGCGACUUCGCCAAGUGGAUGUGGAAGAAAGCCAAAACGUGCGAGCUCUUCCAAAACUCGGGGGCGUCAUCCAGGAAAAACAGGUGGUUCCAGUGGACGCGCCGCUGGCGCGACAUCUCAAACAACGUCGGGUUCUUACUCGUUGCCUUGCUCUACGAGGGCCUCAACCUGGGAUGGUGGGCAACCCUGGGAGAUUCGCCCUUCAAGAGGCUGGCGGGGCCUAGGCCAGAAGACCACGGGGGGAGCGCUGGGGCGCCAGGCAACGCUGGAGGACCGUUGGCAGAUGCAGCGGGAACAGCCGUUGCGCCCGCGGCAGCUGCUGGCUCGGGCGGCGGCCCCCACGUUGGCCACGGCGCGGGGCUUGACCCAGGUGAGCUCGAGGCCGACAGAUCGAGAGGCGUGGCUGCUUCCAACGCGGGUUUGGACAGGUGGGCUAACAGGAGGAAUGCGCAGCAAGUGGCGGCGGACAUCCUGUGCAACCCACCUGUUUUGACACUAGCUGACAUGGUAUCUUUCCUGUCCGAGCCGAUUGACGAUGAGAGCGGCGUGACCUUGACGAUGCUCAAAACUCGCAGGGGUUGUCUGGAGUGGCACGCCCGCAUGGCCUCGAAUAGGGUCGACCACUUGUUCCAAGUCUGGGCUAGGGUUGGUGAUCCGAAGUUGCUCGCGAAGCUUGGCGUCACUAGCGCAGCGGGUCCUGCUGCGAUUUUUUUGCCAACAGCAUCAGAGAGGAGGUACAUCCUUCAGAGCAUGUGGGAUUUGACAAGGGCCAUGAUCGGCAACGAACUCGAGUACAUUGGCACGUUUUCGCAAUGGCUUCCGGGGAAGUUUGCAGGCUUGAUCUCCCAUGACCUUGCGGUGAAGGGCGAGGCGAUUGAGUUCUGCAAGAAAUCAUUCCUCGCCUUGGAGGUUGCUGAACACGCUGCGUUCGACGAGCCAGCUCUCCAGCAGUGGUUGCGCCAGCUGGUGUGGGUCAAGCAGCCGUGGGUACGCGAGGUAUUAGUGUCUCUGGCUGAGACAAACUGGACCGAUGUCCCCAGCGACAUCGAGGAACAACUGAUGUCUGUAUUUUCAGGGCCUGGUGGGACCAAAGACGUGGAAGAUAUAUUCAACGUGGUGAGGAGGUGCACUGCAAAAACUUCGACUGGAGGCUUGAGGUCUGCAACGCAGUGGUAUCGCGCCAGUCACGCCCAGGUCCUGGAGGAAGCAGGGAAGAAACAGCCAGAGGUGAAACCGAUUGACAGAAUAAGAAACUCUGGAAAACUCCCGGCCAGCAUGUUCAAGGGUUCGGCCUGCGAGUUCUCUCUCGAAGAUGCCGCGCUUUCCGAAUACAAGGAAGGCAAAUGGGGGCCAGCCCCCAGCCCCCAAAGUUGGUUGUUAGUGCCUUUGGCGCACCACGCCUUACUGUGGGCAGAAGGCGAUGCAACCAAACUGUUGAAUACUUGGCUGAGUUGCUUGGCUGUCAAAGGGACUGUCCUGUGCAAAUGGGGCGACCCUUUGGGCGACGAGGCUUUGCUCGUGAUGAAGGUUGGACCUCACGGUGCGUACUGUUGGAAAGCCUCGGCGCGCUCCGUGGAUGGAGAAACGUUUCUGACUCCGAAACUUCAUCCGGACGCAGUCGAAAUCGUGCAUAUCCAUUCGCUGACCACUUGGGCUGUUUUCGCGGUGGGUCCCGUCACCGCCAGUGACAUGUUAGUUCGUUUCGGGGGCCAGGUGUUCGCUCUAGGUAUUUCCAAAGCGCUGCUCAGGGUCAAGGAUGAGAAGCCCUGGACAGUGCUGGAGGCAUCCGCAAUUGAUGGAUUUCGAAGUUUAACGACUGAACACAUGUCAAAGCUGUGUCGGCAUCUCGGUCUUAGGAAUGACAGCGGCUCCAUGCCAACCACCGAGGCGGAGUUGGCGAAACUUCUGGUGAGGCGCGUGCUGCACUGGCUUGAUGACAGCGAAGUAGAGGAUAUCCUCAGCCAGAGGAAGAAAACAUCAAAAAAACCGUCGUUCGCGUCCACUCUAAGCGAGGGCGACAAGAAGGCUUUGGAUGAGGUUUUGCAGGCCGACGAAGUGGCCGAGGUAGAAAAGGAUGUUUUCGAGCCGAAACGCAGGGCGGCAACUAGAGCAAAGCCUCCAGCGGGGCCAUCGGGAGAUCCUCCUCCACCAGCGCCCCCAGCGCCACCACCAGGAGCUGGAGGAGUCGGCGGCGGUGGUGGCGAUGGACCUGUGGCCGGUCAUGGGCCUGCUCUGGCGCAUCGCAUUUUGCGGCCGAUUGUCGGGGAAGAGUGGACUGCUGCUGAAGCUCGUGUUUUUUGCCCUCGGGCGCCAGGUGUGACAAUCUCCAUUCACACAUUGCGGAGCUGGCAAAUCAAAUACCCAGGCAGGGUUACAGAGGGGCCCAAGAGUCAUUCAAAGACGUGGACCGAGAUUUUGACCCACAGGGAAGCACUGAUGACGGUGCUGCGGUGGGCAUGGGAUCGCCACGAAGAGGCGGUUCCAGAGGAGAUGUGCCCUUGGGAAUUGGGGUAG